CAACUUCUCCAACAAUAGUCGGCGUUCAUUGCUGUUGCUUAGCUGCUGCGAUCGGUUCAGGUUCAACUGUUUCUCCUGUUUGCUGUGUGACCAGCCGUGCUAGAAAAGCCAAACUCCAAAACAAAAUUCUUAAUUGGAAAGCGCAGCUGGAGCUGAAUUUGUUUGGAAAAGUUCGUUGAGGGAAUUGCAUUGAUUAAGCGCAGAAAUGGCCGACGAAGCACAAGCACCACCAGCUGAGGGCGCACCACCAGCAGAGGGCGAGGCUGCACCACCAGCCGAUGGCGAGGCAGCACCAGCAGCCGAUGGCGAGGCCGCACCACCCGCCGAGCCCGCCGAGCCGAUCAAGCACAGCUACACCCUCUUCUAUUUCAACGUGAAGGCCCUCGCCGAGCCGUUGCGCUAUCUGUUCGCCUAUGGCGGCAUCGAGUACGAGGAUGUGCGCGUCACCCGCGACGAAUGGCCAGCCCUAAAGCCAACCAUGCCCAUGGGCCAGAUGCCGGUACUGGAGGUGGAUGGCAAGCGUGUGCAUCAGAGCAUCUCGAUGGCUCGUUUUCUGGCCAAGACAGUCGGCUUGUGCGGCGCCACGCCCUGGGAGGAUCUGCAGAUCGACAUUGUGGUUGAUACCAUCAAUGACUUCCGUCUAAAAAUUGCAGUCGUCUCGUACGAGCCCGAGGAUGAGAUCAAGGAGAAGAAGCUGGUCACCCUAAACGCCGAGGUCAUUCCAUUCUAUCUGGAGAAACUGGAGCAGACCGUCAAGGACAACGACGGUCAUCUGGCUUUGAGCAAGCUCACUUGGGCCGAUGUUUACUUUGCCGGCAUCACCGACUACAUGAACUACAUGGUGAAGCGCGAUCUGCUGGAGCCAUACCCUGCUCUGCGCGGCGUCGUCGAGGCCAUCAAUGCCCUGGAGCCCAUCAAGGCUUGGAUUGAGAAGCGUCCCGUUACCGAGGUCUAAAGUGAAGAGCUAACAACAAAUUAAAAAAACAAAAAAACCAGCAGCAAGCCGGCAGAAGUGCGGAGGGAGAAUCAUUGCACAACAAUAACAAGAACAACAACAACAACUACUAACAACACCCAACACGACACCAUUAUUAUUAUUUUUAUUAUUUUUUUUUUUUUGGCAUUAUUUUUCACACAUUUUGUACCCUUUUAGUUGGGGCUUCUAAUUUUGGUAGACCUGCGAGAGGGGGAUUUAACCGCACGGGGUUACGUUCGGAAUUUCAAAUAUUUAUGCGUAGUCUUUUAGCACAUGACACUAAAUAAUUCUUUUGGCAUAAUUCUCUUUGCAUUGCCUCGAAAAUGGAUCUAUUUUCUAGCUUUAAAAUAACACUUUUAAAGUUCGUGACUAUAAAAGAAAAAACCUGAGAAAGAAAAAAAUAUUUUAUUGCACAGUUAUAAUAUUGCUCUACUUUUAGAAAAUACUCCUAGUAGUACAUAUGUAUAUGCUUAACGCUUACUAUAUAAACUCUAUGUAUCGAUAUGUAUGUUAACUAUGCAUAUAUAUCUGUAUACAUAUAUAUAUAUCUAUAUGUUCCACAUCCUAUAAGAUUAAUAUUCUACUAUCUUUAGUUCAAUGCGAAGAGUUUUAAAUAUUUAAACAUCACAACACAAACAACAACAACAACAACGCGGCAGCAACAACAACAGCAGCGACAACGACGCAAAUAUUUUAUUAUUUUAAUAUUUUUUCUUUUUACGAUUUCGGCACACAUUCGUCCAGCCUCAAGAAUUUUCUACGUCCAACCAUUUAAACAGAAAUCUAUUGAAAAAGACUCAGACAAAACCUCAAAAUUUAAAUAUUGGAUAUAGUUGAACUGAAAACAAAUAAAUUCUUAACUCCACACAGACAACAACUGCCAACAUAUAAAUAUUUUUAUUUUAUUUUAUUUUUUUUUUUUUUGAUUAUUAUUUUCAUUAAUUAUCCACGUCAAACAUUGUAUUUGUAUUUUUAAAUAUUUGCACACACAAACACGUUUUGAAUAAACUACACACAAAAUAAGAAUUGAGCAUACUUUUCGAAAGCA